UCUCUCUCUCUCUCUCUCUCUCUCUUUCUGUCUCUGGCUUUCUUCCUAAGCUGCCAAUCAAAACUUCAUUAUCUCUUCCAUUACACCUGCAGUUGGUUUACUCUUCUCAGAAACUUUGAGUCUCUGCAGUCUCAAACUGUGUGAACAGGAGUCAGGAGACAGAGCAGUGACUACAUGGAUCCUCAGCUCUACGAAGCUGCGAGAUCCGGCGAUCUUGUCCUGCUUGAGAGGAUAGAAGGGAACGCAACUCUGCUAUCGCAGGUGACCCCGAAGAAGAACACAAUCCUCCACGUCUCCGCCGAAUUCAAGCAGCGCGAGUUCUUCAAGGAGGCCACCUGCCUCAGCCCCCGGGCUCUGUUCAAUAGCGCCAACUCGAAGGGCGAUACCGUCCUCCAUGUGGCGGCCAGAGCAGGCUGCUCCGACGUGGUCAGCUUUAUCAUUGAGCACUCCAAGGUUCUCCACGCCGACAUUGAGAACGGGCAAGUUGAAGGUUGCAAGGAGCUGCUUCGACUGGUAAAUAUGGACGGCGACAACGCGCUGCAUUGUGCCGUGAGAAAUGGGCAUUUUGAAGUGGCAAAGGCACUGAUAGAAGCAGACCCCGAACUCUCAAUCUGUGUCAAUGGUGCAGAGGAAUCGCCUCUCUACAUAGCCGCUGCAAAGGAGUUUGCUGAUAUUGCCGACCUGAUCUUAAGCACUUCUUCGUCUUCCCUCCACGGGGGCACCAAUGGGAUGACAGCGUUACACGCAGCUCUAUACUAUCAGUUAAAUGGUACAAUGAAGAAGUUUGUGAAGAAGAGGCCUCACAUGAUAAAGGAAGGAGACAUCCUUGGCUGGACCCCUCUUCACUAUGCGGCUCACUUCGGCAACGUGAAUGCUGUCACAUUAUUCCUCCGAAAGGACAGCUCGGCGGCCUACCUCCAAGGCAAAGAUGGAGAAUCUGCCCUCCACAUUGCAGCCUUCCGGGGCCGGAUCCCUGUCAUGAGAGAGCUCUUAAGGACCCGUCCUGACUGCUGCGAUCUGUUGGAGAACAAAGGUCGAACUGCCCUUCACGCAGCUGUUUUAGGCGGGCAGGAGAACUCUGUCAGGUACAUCUUGGGGGAUGCUCAGCUUGUGGGUCUGGUGAAUGAAGCAGAUCAGGAUGGGAACACGCCUCUACAUCUGGCCGCACUACACAGGAAAUACAGCAUCAUAGCAAUCCUUGCUCGGCACCCCCGGGUUGAUAUCAAAGCGACUAACAAGAAGAACCUGACAGCUCUUGGCAUUUACAGUAAAUACCAAGAGACCGGUUUUGCAGCUGCAAAAGUUUAUUACAUGCUGAAGGAGACCUAUGGCAUACACGAUAUGCAGGCAUGGGUGAAUGCCCCUAUGAAGAGGACACUCGACAAAGAAAUUGGAGAGCCUCAUGAGCCGAAGUCCCCAAACGCUCCCCGUACACGCGAGAACUUUUACCAUCCUGUUGCUGGGAAGGGAAACAUGCUCGAGAUCCAUCUCCUAGUGGCAGUGCUGAUAGCCACAGUUACAUUCGCUGCUGCCUUUACUCUUCCUGGUGGGUACCAAAACGAUCGCCCGGAUGAGGGGAUGGCUGUCCUCUCAUCAAAGAUUGCCUUCAAGGCAUUCGUGAUAUUCGAUACAAUGGCUUUCUGCUGCUCAGUGGCAGCUGUUUAUCUCCAGUUCGGAACAUCUGGGGGUGGGUACUACGAGCGCGCAAGGUUUGUGAACGUGGCAAUGGUGUUCAUUUUCAUCGCUAUCCUGGCAAUGGUUUUGGCUUUCGCCUCUGGGAUGUAUGUGGUUCUGGCGAAAUCUGUUGGGCUCGGCUUGACCGCGUUUAUAAUGGUCGGGUGCUUCAUACUAACAUUCUGUCUCCGGUGGUUUGUCGACCCAUUAGGGAACCCCGAUCUUGGGCUACGUCCGUUGAGGAAAUCUGUCAGGAACUUUCUGUUCCGGCACGGGAUAAUGUAGGAGAGACACCGAUAGUACUUGUAUGAUUUUCCCUCAAAUCCCUGUGUAGUAUUCUUUAUUGAAAGAAAAUAACGGCAUUUCUUAUUUAAACCAAGCCAAUCAUACUGCCCAAGAUACCUCAUACAUGUAGAUGAAAAGGCAUAAGUCUCACAAAGGGAGAUAUGAAGUCUUGGAUACUCUUGGUUCGGCGAUACUGGUCUUAGGAAAGAAUUAAUACUCCUGCGAACCUUGAACUCACCCACCUGCAGUUGCUUCUGUUUACUGAUUCAGUCACUGUCAAACAAUACCUUUGUCUAAGCAAUGAUGCUAGUGAGACACUUACGGUGAUAAUUAUCACCGGAACCUAAAUUUGUUCACAUAUCAUGACUCAAUAUUUGGCCUGCUUUAAAAUUCAGAUCCUGCUUCACCUGCAACAAAAUCAAAUUUCUCGCCUCCUAACAAGAAGCAAGCCGGCGAGAGAGAGCCACAGAACUUGUGCUAUCUUGGAACAAGAUGAUCAUAUCUCACAUCCCAGCUGAGCUCAAGCAGAUCGAGUCCUUCAAAGAGGUCACUAGAUUCAGCCCACCAUCUCUCGUUGCUCAAACAAACUCCGAGGAUGAGACUUACCUUUGCGCCACACCACAGUAAGCUCCUUCAGGGUGGUCAACUUGAUCAUCUACGAUGCAAACAAAAAGCUCACAGACGACAUUGGAAGUAGACUGGGAAUACUCUGUGCACUUGGCUGCUAGGAAUGGGCAUUUUCCAGCAGAUGAACGGGGAUAUGCUAGAGUUGUAUGUAGAGAGAGACAUUUAAAAGCGUUGUCUGUAACCGACUAUGUACUAUGGGGAGAAUUGUGAAGGCAACAUCAUCAAACAGA